CUUCGUUCAGUUCAGUUACAGAUCGUACUCCCUGAAGAUGAAGAUCGUUGCGUUUUGCUUGCUGAGCAGCCUUACUGUUGCCUUGGUGCUGGCCUUUCCUGCUAGCCACAAUGCAAUUGAUACUGUGCCAACUGCUGAGCUGCCUCCUGCUGCGAGUGCCCAUGCAGGAGAGGGAACCACCGCUCCGUCAUCAACAGCUGAUCAGCUACGUCGGCCACGUCAUCUUCUGACGAAACUAUUCAGCCACCAUCCCCAGGUGAUUGUGCAGCCAAUUGUGGUGCAACCAUCGCAUCAUAGCCCCUAUCCCAAUACAUAUAUCUACAAUGGUGGCGGCCGAGGCUAUAACUACGGCUACGGCGGAAAUGGAUACUGGUAGAACAUUGAAAACUUGUCGAAAAUUUAAUAAACGAAAAUUUUCCCUUAAAGCUA